CACGCCGGGUUCACAUCACUCUUCACCCGACACAUCCGCGGCCGUCCGCGGCGAGAGUCAGUCAGUCUCGUAGCGCCGAGCCAACACGCGCCCGCCGAAGUCAACGGAUUUGGUCGAGUUUCAAGCCAAGAUGCGCACUCUCGCAGUGUGGGCGCUGUGCGCGGUGUUCACGCUCGUCGCCAUCCGCGACGUCGCGCACGCCGGCGAACCAGGUGUGUCCGUCGUCGAGUGCUCUAAUUCCGUGAACUGCAAGCCGACGAGAUGCACUGAGGAGGGAGAGUGCAUCUUCGCCAACCCGCAGUGCAAGAACAAGUGCAAGUGCCAGUGCUCUCCGUACUCCGCCUCCCCAGUCGCGUCCGAGUCGUCGUGCCCGAGCGGAUCGCUGUGCCAGGUGAAGGGCUGCCUGCAGAGCGGCGGCUGCGUCCUCAGCUCCUGGUACUGCAAGGAGAACUGCAAGUGCGGCUGCGCGCUCAAUCGCGCCUCCGAAUGCACUUCUUCGUGUCCCGGCAACCUCGGCUGCUCUUGCCUCGGCUGCUCCCCCGACCGCAAGUGCCUCUUCAACAAGCCCGAGUGCAACGAGCAGUGCAGCAGGUGCAGCUGCACGCCCAAGCAGUAAAGGUGGCCCACUGUAACCUUGCACAUUUUGAUUAAAUUUGGAAGCAAUCAUUA